UGCAUUCAAGGUGUUUUAUAAGAGCCUCCGUGGGGGUAUGUGGGACCGUAGGGUACCGGUCCCAUACACUACAGCUCCCGACACUCCGCCUGCGCUUCAUGUAUAUGCAUAAGGCGUUUCUGCAGUGAGCUCCUGGAUAUCGAUGUGUUUUAAGGAGGUGGCUCUGCCUUCCGCCGUGGCUGGCAGCAUCCAAACGCACUCGGCGCUUUAAGCAGCAUCUCGAUGCGGAGGCUGCACGGACAUCCUAAUGGCAACCAGCAAGGGGAGAUGCACUAACCAGACGGCUGGAGCACGUUCGCCCAUGUAUUUCACCUGCUGUUUUCUUUAGCGACAAAGAUUUCCCGAUUUUUUGUUGUUGUUUUUUUGUUCUCUUGUUUUGGGACGAAUUGUUUUUACAACGGCACAGCUAUGAUGACCGUGCGAUGGGGGAUUUCAUUUUUAUGCGUCUACGGAGCGAUGUGUAUCGUUCAUUCCGACAAUCCGAACCUUCACAUAGGUACCGUCUUGUCGGGAGGGAAGGCUGCCGAGGACGCCGGCGGCGCGUCGGGGAAGGAGAACACCGUUCCUGUGCGGUUAAUUUACAGCAUGGACAACGGCAGUCAGAUCACGAAUGACGUGCUGAGCACCAGGAUAACAGCGAGUCUGGACCCACAACAGGUGACCCAUGUGGCGCAUGCAAGCUUUCAGUUGGACGCCUUCGGGGAAACAUUUAUCCUGGAUGUAGAGCUGAACCAUGACCUUCUAUCCUCAAAGUACGUGGAGAGGCACAUCACGUGGGACGGGAGGUCCACCCUCACCCAGGGCGGCGAGCACUGCUAUUACCAGGGCAAAGUUCGAGGGAUCCCGGCAUCCUAUGUGGCGCUCUCCACCUGCCAUGGACUGCAUGGGCUGUUUUUCGACGGAAACCACACCUACAUGAUCGAGCCGGGAGGAGCAGAUGACAGUGCUGGUGACAUGCAUGUUCAUAUGAUUUACAAGUCGAUGGGAUCAGAGCCGCUGGUGGACGACGAGCUUCCCGUUGCUGUCCCGGAGAUGCCUGCAUCCACCGAUCCCAGAACGGUGCUCAAGAGAAGAAAGAGACAGGUAUCGAGGCUUUCGCGCCGGGUUGAAGAUGAGACAAAGUAUAUAGAGCUUAUGGUUAUCAACGAUCACCUGAUGUAUAAGAAACAUCGGCUUUCUGUUGGACAGACAAAUAACUACGCCAAGUCGGUCGUGAACAUGGCUGAUAUAAUAUUCAAAGAGCAGCUGAAAACGCGGAUCGUCCUAGUGGCGAUGGAGACCUGGGCCGCCGAAAACCGCUUCAACAUCAAUGACGACCCGUUGGUCACCUUGCGCGAAUUCAUGAAGUACCGGCGCGACUUUAUCAAGGAGAAGUGCGACUCGGUGCACCUGUUCUCAGGGAGCCGCUUCCACAGCAGCCGGGGAGGAGCGUCCUACCUGGGAGGCGUGUGUUCGCUGACGAAAGGGGGAGGAGUCAACGAGUAUGGGAAAGCAGAUGAAAUGGCAAUCACACUGGCACAGUCUCUGGGACAAAACAUUGGCAUCUUUUCAGACAAGAAAAGGAUCAUGAGCGGGGAGUGCAAGUGUGAUAACAAGUGGUCUGGAUGCAUAAUGGACGAUGUUGGCUUCUACUUGCCCAAGCGCUUCUCGGACUGUAACAUCGAGGAGUACCACAACUUCCUGAACAGCGGCGGCGGUGCCUGCCUGUUCAACAAGCCGUCCAAGCUGCUGGACCCCCCUGAGUGUGGCAAUGGCUUCGUGGAGCCGGGCGAGGAGUGCGAUUGCGGCAGCCCAGCGGAGUGUCAGAAGGAGGGAGAAAACUGCUGUAAGAAGUGUACCCUGACCCAGGGCUCGAAGUGUAGUGACGGGCUGUGCUGUAAAAGCUGUCAGCUGGAGUUCAUGGGCGUGAUCUGCCGGGAUGCUGUGAACGACUGCGACAUCCCAGAGAACUGCACCGGAAACUCUAGCCAGUGUCCACCGAACGUCCACAAAAUGGACGGGUACACCUGUGAGAAGGACCAGGGUCGCUGCUUCAAUGGAAAGUGCAAAACCCGGGACAGACAGUGUAAAUACAUCUGGGGAGAGAAAGCAACUUCCGCUGACAAGUUCUGCUACGAGAAGCUGAACAUCGAGGGGACCGAGAAAGGGAACUGCGGCAGGGACAAGGACACCUGGAUCCAGUGCAACAAGCAGGACGUGCAGUGUGGCUACCUCCUGUGCUCCAACAUCGCCCCCACGCCCCGGCUGGGGGAAUUGCAGGGGGGCCUCACCUCCUUCUCCGUGGCCCAGCACAGUGCCUCCCUGGACUGCAGCGGGGGUCACGUGAUCAUCGACGGCGACACGGACCUCGGCUACGUGGAGGAUGGGACGGCCUGCGCUACCGACCGCAUCUGCUUCGAGCACCGCUGUCUACCGGUACAGGAGUUCAACUUCAGCACCUGCCCGGGCACCAACGAGAAGGCCAUCUGCUCCGGACACGGGGUGUGCAGUAACGAGCUGAAGUGUGUGUGCUACCUGGGCUGGACUGGGGACGACUGCAAUGCCACCCUGCCUCUCAGCUCCCUGGUCGUGGGACCAACAGCUUCAGCUUCUGGAGUCAUCAGCACAAACAUUAUCAUCGGGGUGAUCGCAGGCACCAUUCUUGUGCUGGCCCUCGUCAUGGGGAUCACAGCCUGGGGAUAUAAGAAUUACCGACAGCGGAGGUACGAGGAGUCCGAGGUGCACAGAAGAUUCUGCCGACAAAUCCCCCCCGGCGAUUAUGUUAAAAAGGCGGGAGACGCGGACUCCUUCUACAGCGACAUGCCCCCUGGCGUCAGCUCCAACUCAGCCAGUAGCUCGAAGAAGAGGUCGGCUUGUCUGUCCCACUUGCAGAUCUAUACCUGCUCCUUCACACCAUCUGUUCCAUCCAUUAGUCAGAACAUCUCAUUGUUUGGCUUCAGGUCAAACGGCUUGUCCCAUUCGUGGAGUGAGCGAAUUCCAGAUGCCAAGCACAUCUCAGACGUCUGUGAAAACGGACGACCCAGAAGUAACUCCUGGCAAGGAAACGUAGGGGGCAACCGUAAGAAGAUGAAGGGAAGAAAAUUUCGCCCUCGGUCCAACUCUACAGAAACGCUCUCCCCAGCCAAGUCACCCACCUCAUCCACCGGAUCCAUCGCUUCCAGUAGGAGAUACCCUUACCCCAUGCCCCCCCUCCCGGACGAAGACAGGAAGGCCAGCAAGCAAAAUGCCAGGCUAUGGGAAACAUCGAUAUAAGGUCCCUCGUAUUUGCUCAGCAACACUUAAGAACUACAUUUUUGUCUGCUUUUAUAUGAAUGAAAAGAAGGGACAAUGCAAAACGUAUACCUAAAAAGGGGACGUGGCGAAGACGUCCCGGACCAGCCCGCCCUGCAGGGGGCGCUACAGCGCCAAGCUGACUCAACCUCCGUGCAUCGAAUAGCGCAACUUUAGCGUCCGAUCGCGCCAGCCAGUCCCAUGGAAGAUGAGCGAAUUAACGCGUAAAUUAAUAAAUAUAACAAAAAAACAGCGAUGGGCUCUAAAUGACCCCUUCCCCAGGCAUCCCACACAAUCGCUCCGUUUCGAUUGGUGCUCUAUUCGAUGUAUUUCGAACAGGUAAUUGUAAGCAGGAUCUAUUUAACAUUUUGAAGCACGCAGCCGCUGUAGAAAUAAACACUGUAUGCAUGAUUAA